AUGUAUGUCUCUCAGGAUGCAGUGAGAGUGGUGGAAGUCACGUAUGUGUCAAAUUCAACCAAAGAAUUGCUACCUGUUCAGAAUUCUGUUAAAAAUCAGCUUCUCUUACAAGCCUUGCCUCCAUACGUCCCUCCAAAUUCGCCCAGUCACCAGUACAGCUCUGAACAGUUCUUCUCCUGCAAGGACUGUGGGGACAAAUUUCUUCUGGAGUCCAGCUUAUUGCGGCACAUAGAACGUCGUAGUGUUAGAAUCUCUUAUGGCUGUCGUACAUGUGCACGUACUGUGUUGUUCUACAAUCGCUGUGCUUUGUUGGCUCACUUGCGUGGACACUUUGUUGAGCAACGUGACGAUGCCGCAUCAGAAAGUAUUAAUAUCUCAGAAGAGAGGAUAACUUAUGGAUCAUUUGCUCUCAGAAGUAAUGAAGACAGUGAGAAGAAUGAUGAUAUGGAACUGGAAUCAGAUGCUGUAUCUCUGUCACCUCUCCCAAAAAAUAAGAUUCUUCUUGGUCCGUUUAUCCCAAUGGCUGUGGACGAUUGUGGGCGUCUUAUUCACGAAGGAAGCAGUCAGAAACAAAAGUCACAAGCUUCAGCUCUAAUUGUAAAUAAUCAGGUGGCAUCACAUGAAAAUGAGUCAAAGGAAGUGAGUUCCAGUGAUAAUAAUAACUUACCAGAAAACAAAAAUAAUGUUCAUCAAAACCAAGUGGUUGAUAAGAAUACACACCAGCAGUUACCGGUCAGUGGUGGAAAGAAUGUAUCAUUAAAUACUAAAGACAAUAAUCAGCAAUCUGAUGAUGUACUGCUGAGGCAGGUGCCUGAUGUAUCAACAACAGAUAACUCGACUCCUGACGGUGAACUACCAGGUUCCAUGGAAUGUAAGGAGUGUGGUACUGUGCCACAAACUGGAGAUAUGAAGGAUCAUUUCCUGUGUUCAAAUUUGCCAGUUGAUUUGCAGUUCAAAUGUAAAACAUGUAACCUCAUCUUGCCAUCACCCUGUAGUUUCUCAGCUCAUCAACGCAUCCACAGACAAAUGAAGCCAUAUAUCUGCCCAGAAUGCAGUCACGAGUUUGAUCUCUGGUCUGCCUUGUCUGUACACUUGCUCUACACCUGCUUCCAUAUGUUCAAGUCAGUCCGCCAUAGGUGUAUCCGGUGCAAGUGCCUCUUUCCUACAGCAGUUAGUCUGGAGGUACAUCUCCUUACACAGCAUGUGAAAGCUGUGUAUAAGUGUAAUGCAUGUCCCAUUGCUUGCUUCAGUAUGAAGGCAUUACAUGAUCAUAAGGUCAGUACACAUGAAAACCCAACGUUUGUGACAUAUACAUACCAGCAGUGUCAGCUUUGUCCUAACCGAGUCAUACCAAAGUCUCGGCUCCUGACCCAUAUAAAUGAACACUCGAAAGAAAAAUCUGUUCGUAUGUAUGUAUAUCAGUGCAGUGACUGCAGUUUCUUUGUGCAGAAGAAAAGUGAUUUUGCAUCACACAGGGCUGUGUGUUCUCGGAGUGGCAAAGUGAAAUUUGCAGCGGUUCCCUCAGCCCUAUCUCCUAAUAAGGUUCUAGCUUCACAUAAGAUUAAGAUCCAUCCAGACAAAGAGGCCAACAACCCUCUUAAAGUAGUUUACACUGUUCCUCAGAAUCAAAUGCAGUUAGUUGUCCUUCCAAAAUCUGCUGUGGAAUCUGUGAAGAGAGCAGUGCUGCCUCAGCCAAAGCUAAAGAAACUUAUACGUAAACUUGAUGCAACACCACAAAAGAUUAAGAACACUGGGGCUCCAGCAAAAAAUGCCACACCCAUGGAGGGGGAAGAAGUACAGAAAGACCUGAAUGACAAAGAAGAAAAUAAAUAUGUGUACCUGAGUGAAAGUAAAUGUGAAAGUAUGGCAGAAGAAACUGAAGCAGUACUUUCUGAAGUAUCAGAUUGCACAGUUGUCAAGAUUCCUGUGAUCUUGGAUAACAUGGACAGUACCAGUCCUGAUAAUUCAUCCUUCACUCCUAGAAAGUCUAUACAUUUUUUAAACUUGUGUUCAAAUUGCAGAGAACAGCUGAUUCUCUUUUCAAACGGCAUAGGUGCAGCAAAGGUUCCAGAAUUUUGUGCAGAAUGUGCUAAAAAAAAUUCAUUUCUGAAGAUAAAUAGAACGCUUGAAUCAACUUCUAAAAUUAAAGCUAGCGAUGAAACUGUUUCAGCUAACAAUUCAGUUUUUAAAAGGAGUGCCAACAGUAUCGCUUUGAAUGGUCCCACCAAUAUUAAAAAAUUGAAAACAUCAUCGAAUGUUUCAUUGGAAAAUAAAUAUCGGUGCCAUAUUUGUAAAAUGCUGAUAUCUAUGGACUGGCUUAAAAUACAGGAACAUUUUGCAUCUAAUCAUCCCAAUUUCAAGCUGUUGGUGCUGUCGCCCAAGAUAAAUAAGUUAAAGCUGAAACAUACAAAUUUAAGAGUGCCAUUUCUGAGUAAAGAUCAGCGUAUGUACCCCAAAAUCAGGUAUGUGAAGAAAGGAGCAACAGCAUCAAAUUCUAGUAAUGUGACUAAAGUAAAUGGGAAUGCUGUUCAUGAUGAUGAUGAUGAUGAUGACAAUGACAAUAAAGACCAUCAGUUUCAUGAAAAUUGUGUUGAGAAGGAAUCUAACAAUUCAGGUAAUGAAAAGAGAGAUAACUCUCAUGAAAAUUUAGGAUAUUAUGAAAAUGCAUAUUACCUUAAGAAGGAACGUGAUAUACCUAUAGACUAUGAUUUAGUCCCUUCUAAAAUUAAGCGAAAGAAGAAAUCUUCACAGAAAGCAUCAGAUAGGGCUGAUAAGGAAGUAGGAGCUAAUACGCCCUUCAGUAGUGGACAGGUUGUUCCAGUCCUUCAGCAAGUCCCUUCAUCAGGCCACAAAUAUGAAUGUUCCAAGUGUCAUUAUGCAGAUUCAUGUGCCGAGUCUUUUCAUGAACAUAUCAAAUUACACCAUAGUGAUGAAAGUGCAUUUCAGUGUAUGGAAUGUGGCAUGUGUUUUGUUGCAAAACCAUCAUUGGAAAAGCACUUGUUUAUUAGCCACCGUAUAAAGAAUGCUGAAGCUUAUUUGCAGAACAAUAAUUGUUGCGUUAGUCCAGCAAAAGGUGAAGAAAUGGAAGAUACCUCAAUACAUAAAGAAAGCUCACCUCCGCUAGAAGACUUCUCGCCUGACCUUGUUGAAAACCAAUGUCGUGUUUGUCGAAAAAUCUUUGAUACAUCAUUUCAGCUAAGCAAGCACUUUCGUACACAUGGUAUGGCAUUCUUACUCAUGAAAAAACAUGGAAAUAAAGGGCCAUGAAGUAUUUGUCUGUGCUUAUGACAGUACCUGCUCUUGUGUUUGUGUGUGGCUUGGGCAAAAGAAGAGAUUUUUUUUUCUUACACUCUUACAUUACUUUGCACAGUGUCUGAUUAUCUGGGAUAUUUAGACUAUAUUAUGAGUAGGUUCACUUAAAAUUCAGUGAAGUUAUCUUUAGAAGCAGAUUAAUCUCACAUACAUAAUGUGGUGGUUUAAAACUGAUGCUGGUUGAACAAUAUUACCUGAUCGGUAAGGUGUGCUAUGUGUUCAAAUAGUUAUCCGUGUUAAUAUUUUAAUUUCUGUGAAAUGUUGAGAUGUGACAUGAGUUUAUGUUAUCACUGAGAAAACACAUUAAGUCAUGGGUAUGUAGUGUGAAGUCAGACUACUUUGUAAAUAUAGUAUAUGUUCUGUUAUUAUUCCUGAUCAGUAGCAUUGUUGUAGAUUAGCCAUAUCUCAAAGAAUAAAGAAAAGUGUUGCCAAUGAUA